GCCCAAAGGACAACCCAAAGCAGCUAUGGCUGCUCUAGCUCUGGCCGCCAUGCCUGACCCUGCCUCGAAGCUUCUUGGUGUGGCUCUCCCCGGUUGGGGACUCCCUGCUGCAGCGCCCACCAAGGUGAUGAAGGUGGCUGCCACCAUAGCCAGUGGCAAGCAGGAGUAUGUGGAGAUGAAAAUGGAUUUGGCAGUAAUGAGGGAUGCGGAGAAGCGGUGUUCCCCUGAUGAAGCUGGUAAAAUAGCCCAUGCAGGCUCCAGCAUCUCAUCGCCAAGAGAAGGCCAACUGGACUCCAAGAGCAGCGACGAGGUUGAAGAGGGCGUAACACAUGCCACGAGCGGAGCAGACGCGGUCGAGGAACAGGGUCAAAGCCAAGGAACGGGCAACUCUUCAGACGGUCGGGAAACUUACGAUGGCAAACCAGAGGUUCUAGCAGAACAGUUGUCAGAACACGCAUCUCCCGAAGGCCUUAUGUCAUACGAUGUGAAGUCUGCAAGGGAAGGAGUUGGUGAGCAGACAGAGUGUUCGCAAGAGAAAUCAUCUGCAGAUGUUGCUGGUCUGAAUUUGGUUGCUUUUCGAGAGCCGGGGGAAGCUGAAAAGGUUUUGGGUGAAGGUUCUCGAGAGAAAUCAGGUACAGAGGUUGUUGGUUUGAAUUUGGGUACUUUUCGAGAGCCGGGGGAAGCCGAAAAUGUCUUGGGUGACUCUCGAGGCUCUGCAGAUGCAAGUGCCAAGAAGCGAGAGGUUGGGAAGGGACUACACACACUGAAGAGUGCGUCAGAACAGUCGGAGCAUGUGCUGUUGGGUGCUGCGAGGCAGCAGCAAAGCCCUAGUGAGUUGAGAAGUGCUGACCUUCACAGGAGAGUCGUCGUGUCCACGAGGACACACGAAGAGAAAGUCGAAAGAGGUUCAGAUGAGAAUGAACUUGCAGGUGAGAAAGAGCCUGAAGCAAGCGUGGGAAAAGCUGAAGGAGAUGCGAACGCCAGGCCCCAGUCGGCUGACAAGGAAGUUACGAUGAACGAGAACUGUGUCGGUAGUGAGAAGGUGUCGGUGAAGGGUGAUGUUCUUUUCAAUAUCGUGGGGCCCGAAACAGAGGAAGACCGUAACAUUGACAGAGAGGGGCAGCAAGCACAUUGUCCGUGGAAGGAACUGGGUGUCUCUGAUGCUGGUGCUGCUGUUUGGGGCUCAACCUCAAAUGGAAAAAAGGAGAAGGGUGUGGUAGAGUUUAUAGCGGACAUGAAACGGCCUCUAUUUGCGGAAACUGCCGCUCUUGGAGAACGUCGGUGUGUUCCUUCAUCCCCUACGGUGGUGCAAAAACUUACAGAGAGCACAAUAGCGAAAUCGAGCAACCAGUCAGCAAGUGUUCUUCUCAUCGAUAGACCAGAAGCGAAGGUUAUGGGAUGUGCUGCUGUCUGUUCAACAUCAAGUGGAAACAAUGAGAAGGGUGUGGUAGAGUUGAGGGUGGACAUGAAAGCGCCUCGUGCUCUUGCAGAAUGCCGGGAUGCUCCUUCAUCCCUUACGGUCAUGCAAAAACUUACAGAGAGGGCAAUGACGAAAUCCAGUGACAACUCAGCAAGUGUUCUUCUCAUCGAUAGACCACAAGGUAAGGGCAUGGAAUGUGCUGCCGAGGGGACGAAGGACAUGGCGGAGGAACUGUGUGGACAUGGGAGGGGUGGUACUGGCCUUGAUGCGAAAGAUCUCCUUGACGGGAAUGGUGUAGGAUCGUCUAAAGAAGAAACCGGCCAGAGAAUCAAGGAAGACGCACAUGGUGUGUGUGGCAAGCAAGAGGCAAAAGGGAUUGGGGAGGAUGGGAGUUCUCUCCUUGACGGAAGUGGUGUAGGAUCGUCUGAAGAAGAAACGGGAGAGAGAAUCGAGGAAGAAGCGCAUGAUGUGUGUGGCGAGCGAGAGGCAAAAGGAAUUAGGGCGGAUGGGAGUUGUCACCUCGACGGAAGUGUAGGAUCAUCUAAAGAAGAAGCAGGGUGGAGAAUCAAGGAAGAAGCGCAUGAUGUGUGUGGCGAGCAAGAGGCAAAAGGAAUCAGGGAGGAUGGGAGUUAUCUCCCCAGGGACCUGCAGGGUUGUGGAGAUCCUCUCAAGCAAAAGGGUAUUAACAAUUGGGAAAAACAGAGCAAGUCAUCUGUAGGAGCAGAAGUGAACAAAUUCCCUGUGGGCCCAGUGGGGGUCAGUUCCACUGUGGGGAGUACUGCACAGGGCUACAGGGAAGCAGAGCUGACUUGUGAUCAUCGCGAACGCUCAAGGAGGGUGGAGGAGAUAGAGACACAGGAACAUAACAUGGAUAUCACUGAUGAUGAGAGAUGUGUCGCAGGUGAUGGUGCUCACGGCAGCAGUAGUGUUGGGAAAGUGAAGAGCAUAGAUGGAGUGAUGGAAGAGGGAGGAGAGGCAGCCCCCUGCAAAACCAACUCUGAUGAGCGUGUCAUCUUUUCUGAGGACAGAAGCCAGGUAAUGACGUGCAUAGAAGACAAGAUGAAACUAGAAAGCCUUCAUGGGAUGGAAUUCCUUGAUGACGCUUUGGAUGUUGUUGAUGCAGUUGAGCACACAAAGCAGCAUCUGGUGAUAAGCAGCGGUAAAAGAGGGGAAGGCGAGGGUGCAGGGCUUGUGAAUGAGUGUAUGCCGGAGUCCCUGAAGGAGAAGGGCAGGAAUGCUCUUGAUGCAAGAAGCGACCAGAUAGAGAUAGCUCGCCAGCGUUUGGAAGAAGGCAGCGAUGUCGGGAACUACUUGGAGAAGUCACAUGGUUCGCUAUGCAAGGACACCUUGCGAAAGGAUUUGGGUACUGCACCCGAUGCGCCGGCAAUAUCUGCGACUGCAGGAAGCCAAGAAAAAGAUGAGAACAAGGACUUUGUUGAAGAUAAGGUAGCAUCUGAGGGAAGCGGUAGGAGUGCUUUACAUGGUCCGCCAUGUCGGCAGAGCGAUGAGAAUGGACGAAUUGGAGGCAGUAAGGUGGUUGAAAAGGAGACACUAGCUGUUGCCAGGAGAGUUGAGGAAGGGAAGAAUGAUGGGGUGGUGGAGCAAUGCACUGUGCAAGAGCGUCGUGUUCGGGAAAACAUGUCUUCUGCUGUGAUGACAAAUUCUGAGAGGCGGGAACUGACGACAGGCAUGACAACUGGGGAUGUCGACCACAUCUGCAAUUCUACUGAUGUAAGAGCUGAGACUGUUGUACAGAAAGAGACGGAAGUGAUGUCGAACAUCAUUCUUCCAAUGAAUACUGGAAUAGCUGUGAUGGUAACUUCAAUGCUGGAAGGGGAGAUCGGUGCAGUUGAUAAAGAUGGCUGUGCUGUGCGUUCGCGCAGUGGGACUGUAGUGGAAAUGUCAGAGGCACGUUUCCGGGAUGAACGACCGGACAUCGACACAGGUGCGAGGGCCGAAAGAGCCCUGGUGGAUAGCAGUCCAUUGCCUGCUGGAGUACGUCUUCUUAAGCAUGAUCCUGCUGCCCUUCAUUCUUCGUCGGAUGUUUGUAAAUGUGAUGCUUUCUCUGUAGGUGUUUAUCUAGCAGGAGCGAGCGAUGAGCAUCUUGGGAAUGAGGUGCCGAGGCUCGCUGGAGGGAACGAGGGUUGGGGUGUUGCGAGCAAGCGUAGGGAGAACAAUCAGGUUGAAGCAAAUGCUGGUGAUGAGGCUGUCAAAGCACCGGAGAUCGUGCAUGCAGCCAUGCCCGUGAAUGCUGAGUCUGGGUUUGAAGGAGAUGAACGCUUCGUCAAGUGUGUUUCAGGUGCCGACACAGUUGGCGUAGUGCAAAACCAGGAACCUAUGGCUGACAAUCCAGGUGAAUCGGCAGAGUUGAUUGCGGAGGGUUCAUCAAGUAGAGGUUUAAAACUUGCUACAGGCAGGUCUGAGUCAAACAGGGUAGGCAAAGCUGUAGGUUCCGGCAAUUCCACGGAACCUUAUUUGGAGCGGGAAGAAGAAGGCAAACUGCGAGUCUUUAAUAACAAUGCGGACAAGGAUUGUAAUGAGGCACAGGAGUUGUCAUCAGGAAGAGCUGAGAGGGGAAAUUGCUGCAACCAUAACAUGAAGAGGAAGACAGAUCAUCUGGAUGACCUCACAGAAAAGAAAAUGGACCCCAGCUUGGACGGCAACGCGGGCAUCAUGGAGGUAAGCAGCACGGCCAGCGAGUGUGCCAAGCUUGUCGAUUCACGUUCUCAAUGCGAGGUUGUGGAUGUGUUGAAAGCUGACCCUAACAGGCAUCCUAACAAACACGAGAAUGAUGAUCUGAUGUCAUCACUGUAUAAGUGUUUGUUGCCGAAGGAUAUCCCCUUGUCGAAGUGUGCAGGGGAUCAUAAGAAGAGUGGUGAUGACAAUCUUGAUGCGAAAGAAGUGGUGGAUGCAGACAUCAACAAUUUGGAGGAUUGGCAACCUGGCAUUAAUGUCCAAGCUGUUGAUUGCUGUCCUGAGGGGGGCGGGGAGAGCAACCCCAACGACGAUGACACUGGGAGGACGAACUGCAGAGAUCAGAAGCGAACAGCUGAAUGCUGUGAAGAGUUGGAAAAUAUGGGUGCCAGUGGUGGCUAUUACGUGAAUGGGUUUAGCCAAAUCGUUGACAUGAAUAACGAGUCGCAAGCUACAUUCUGUGAGCAGGAGGGUGAUGAUGAACGCGUCUCCAAUGCGGACGACAGUGCAAUGGUUGCAAAGCAGUUUGACACCGUGAACUGCUAUGUAGAUGGAUUGGAUGGUAAAGAAUUUGUGGACUCUGUAGUCAACAAGGGUAACAUGCGCCCCCCAAAAUUUGAUGCCAAUUUGCUAUUGGGGGAUGGUGUUCCCAGAGAAGUGAACAUGGACUGCAUUACUGAGAAUGAUCGUCCUUGCCUGGGGGUUGAGAAACACCCUCUGCACAGGAUCUCCAUGCACAUGGAGGCACAACAGGCAGAGGUGGUGGCAAAGGAAACACACAAAGAUGAACCCAUGAAUGACCCACACCCUGUCCCUGAUGUGCAGCGCUAUGUGGCGGGGCGUCACCCUACGGAAACCAGCAACACUCAGGCUGAACUGGAUAGCAAGGCAGACAGUUUGACAAUUGCGACCAACGAACACUGUCGAGGUGGUUUCACUGAUGUUAGAGGGGCGGUUUUGGGUCGAGACAAUGAACAGGGUCGUCAUGGCUUGUGGGUUGAGGAAGACCUGAUGUGCAAGGUACCAGGGAACGAGGACAGGCAGGAUUUGUUGUUGUUGGACAUGAAGGGGGAAGAGGGGAAGGAGGAGGAGGGGGAGAAGGCGGAGGAGCGGGAGGAGGGACUGGAGGGGCAGGAGGUGGAAGAGGAGAAGGAGGAGGGGGAGGAGGAGGAGGAGGAGCACGAGGAGGAGGAGGAGGAGGCAGGGAAGGAUGGACAUGUUGGUUAUUAUGUUGUAGGACCUCAUUGUAUAGGAGCUGUAGGGGAGAAGAUGGAAGAGGAGGAGAAGGCGGAGGGGGUGGAGGAAGAGGAGGAGCAGCAGCAGGAGGAGGAAGAGGAGGAGGAGGAGGAGGAGGAGGAGGAGGAGGAGGCAGGGAAGGAUGGGCAUGUUGGUUAUUAUGUUGUAGGACCUCAUUGUACAGGGGCUGUAGACACUAAGGUUGAAAACUACACCAAUGCAGGGGGACGUUGUUGUGAAGCCGAGGCACACGGCAGAGAAAACUCUUCGGCUCCAGGAGGCCAAAUUGGAGGGCGAGAUGAGGAAAACCUGGUGCACAAGGUCACAGUGAACAAGGAUAUUGAGGAGGAGGAAGUUGCAAACAAGCACAGUAACAUUGACACGAUAGAUUGCGUUCAUAAUGGACCCUGUCAUAUGAUUGCACCUGACCAUGUGGAAGCUGUACACAAGGAGACCGCAACCCAUUGCGGGGUUGGCGGCUUAUGUUUCGAGCGUGACGAGUGUCGAAAUUGCUGUUCUGCUGAUGAUGACCGAGAGGCGACUACAGGGCUGCGCAGUGAGCAUGAUCAUGUUCAGAUGGCAUGUGAGAAAGGCGCACUGCCAUACAUGGUCGAAAUGAAGGACCAUAUUCAGCAACAACAACGGAAAGAGGAAAAGGAUGGUGAAUGUAUGACUAACAUAGGCUGCACUUAUGACUUGCAACUAAUAUCGACAAUCAAUCAUGGCAAGCUCGAACCCGAUCCUCCAGCUUAUUGUCAACGGGCUGAGGAUUAUUGCAACAACGACAAUGUUCAAUGGAAGGGUCGUAAUUCGGGGGACGAAGAUGAAAUGGCGUGUGGAGUGGAGGCUACUGCCCCUGUCAUCUGUGGCCCUGUGUCAUUGAAGGGCGGUGAUGACGUCAACCAUGUUGACUAUGAAGCUUGUGAACGAUCAGAUGAGAUGGAGGGCAUCUUCGGUGUCCGUCAGAAGCGUCUUCUUGAGAGUGGCGAUCUUGAUGAUCAACGAUGCUUGCAUUGCUUUGAAACGAUUCAAGAAGACGUUUACGAUCUCAACCAAAAUCCUGUGCUGCUCUCAAAUGAAAACAAGGAAAUUUUCAAUCUUGAGAGAGCACACGAUCGUGGUCUGUACGUUGCAGCUUCAGAGCAUAUGCCUAUUGACACAGAGGGACACAAUGAAGCUCAGUUGAGGGAGCAAUGGCCACAAGGCCCAAUCAAGGAUGAUAUUUACGAUCUUAACCGAAGUCCUGUCCUGGGAUCAAUGGAACGAGAAUGUAAUGAGUGCGAUCUUGACGAUCAGCAGAGAGCAUACAAGGUUACCCAGCAGGAAAUGCGAGGUAGGAAAAAUGUCGGACUGGAUACGAAUGCCUGUGAACGUCAUGCUGGUGGCAUGGGGGAUUCAUCGCACGAGUUUUCAGGAAUGGGGGUUGGAAGUAACGUUAAGGCAAUGGAAGAGGAGGAGGGGAUGGGGGCCAAUAAUUUCCAUGCCCACAAACAUGCUUGUGGAAGCUCUAGACAAGAGAGGUGCAGUGCAACUCAUCAGCAAGGUUCUGUACUGGAGGAAACAAAGGGCGGUGAUGAGAGGAAGAAGACUAUUGCACAAGAUGAGGUGGCAGUUGAUGUACUAGCCUGUGGAGAGGGAGGUCACUCUGAGCGCAGUAUGCUGCCAACGGAGGACACGGAAGUGCAGAUUGAUGAUUUCCAUGCCAAUCAACAUGCUUGUGGAAGCUCUAGACAAGAAAGGUGCAAGGCAAGCGAUCAGCAAGGUUCUAUACCGGAGGAAGGAAAGGGUGGUGAUGAGAUGAAGAACAGUAUUGCACAAGAUGAGGUGGUAGUUGAUGAGCUAGCCUCUGGAGAGGGAGAUCGCUCUGAGCACAGUAUGGCGCCAAUGGAUGACAUAAAAGUGCAGAUUGAUGAAAGUUGUGUGCAGGAGCUCAGGGGAGAAGAGGUGAGCAAAGAUCUGCACAGUUCAGCAGCGGCAGCAGGAGGAAUUGGGGGAUGGGAAUGUGGAGAAAAUGAAGGCCCCGAUGUAGAUGAUGAUGAGGUGCGGGCAAAAGGUUUUGACCAAAUAUCUGAAGGAGAUAGUCUUUUUGUGAGAAAGGAGGGAAAGGGUGUUGACGGUAAUGAGACUUGCUCUCUCUCGGGAUGGAGUGAGAUGGAAGACGACGACGAGGGACCCAGCAAUGUCGCCGGGGGUAAGGACGGUUCUGCUGCCACUGAAGCGUGGAGUAGUGAUAGCAAUCACAACAUAUGGUCUGCAGAGACUGCAGCAUGGAACGGUACUGGAAGUGAAAGUUGUUCGUCUCUGGAAGGAGAAGAUGGGGAAGAAGAGGAGGAAGAGGAAGUGACGGUGGAGCAGGAUCUUGAAGAAGUGACAGGUGGAAAGCGAACUGGAAAGUUAACCGGAAGGAGAGUCAGUGGAAGCAGCCAGAGUGAUGGAAAGAGAACUGGAUGCGGCCUUGGCUGGGCUGUUGCAGGUGAUGGCUCUCUCGAGGUGAUGCGCGAAAGGUUUGCAUGUGGUUCUAGUCGGGCUAGAGUCGCCAACGAGGACUGCACUCCGGUUCCACCCAUCGGGAAUAUGAUGGAUAGCGUGCAGCACAACUAUGUUUUUGGGGAUGCAGUGGAGAGAAACGCUCAUAGCAUGGCAAUGCAGUCAUCAUUGACGAUGGGCGGGAUUGCAGAUCGCCACGACGGCGAAAUGGACCCAAGACCCACUUGUGCUGAGAACUCUGUUGACACGGAGGAUUGGGUGCAUGGUGAAGACAGCGAUUCCGUAACUGAAGACUCAUGCGGACAACAGUCAUUUUAUGACUGGGGAGGUGGUGGACGACAAGCGAAGGCGGAUGUUGCGGAGGGGUAUGUUUGGGACUUGAAUGAAAUGAAGGACCAUGGAUGUGAGCCAGAAGACAGGCUUGGAAAGGGGUAUCAGAGUGCAGGGCAGUGGGAGUCUUGUGAGGGAUCGGCGAAAGAUGUGAUGCGGUCGCCGUACGAGGUUGGUGAAGAUCGACUGAGCAUGCAUCAUAAGGUGCUGGUCUAUGCCAAGCACGGGCCGAAAAGGGUGCGAGGGUUGCGGGAAGGGCUGGAUCUUAAACAUGUACAAGAUGCAGGAGGAGAAACUACCAAGGUGGAGGACGGUCUGACCGAGGAGUUGUCGGAGCGGAUGGAAGGUGGGCUCUACCAGCAGCAGCAGCAGCUUUUGGACACUUCAAAGGGCGCUCUGAAGCGAAAGAAUGCCCUUGCAGAGGACGACACGGUGCGCUCGGAGAGUGUCAUCUUCGACCCUUCAAGCAGCAAAAGGCACCAAGAGGAUCGGGUAAGUUUAUCAAGACCACCGAAGAAGAGGAGGUUGGGUGCAGAAUUCGACUUAGUAUGGACCGGCGGUCAAGAUUCAAAUGAUGGGCAGAGUGAUCGAUUGACAGUAGCAGCACAAGCCAGUUCACAGAUACCAAGAAAGGAGCCCAAUAGUUGCAGCAGAUUGGACUCCGCAGAUAAGGUAGCCGGGCACUGCGGGCAGCAGGCUACGAACAGCACUCGACACCCUUCAUGUUUGGAGCAUUGUGGAGAUCGGUCUGAUGAAACAGCUGCUGCUGCUGCUGCUUUAAAACUUGAUGAAGCCCAACCAGUGGGGUUCAGUUAUUCACCCAAGCAAGCAGUACCAGGGGGAGGGAAAACCCAUGGCUAUGAUGGCUUGUUAAAAGCAGGAAUAGAAGAGCCGCUGUUUAUAGGAGAGAACUCCACGAAUCCCAAUGGCCGCUCGACCCUGGUGGGUGGAGAGGGAGAGGAAAUAUACCGAAUGAGCAAUGUCAAUGACAGCGUGGACCGCUUGAGGUUUGUGGAAGAGAGAUGCACUGUGGAGACACAGGGCAAGGAGGGAGGCAGCAGACCGGGCAUAAGACAUGGCAAUCUGAUUCAAAGAGAAGUCGUUGGCAACGUUUCUCUCUUUCAUGGCAUGUGUUAUCUCGAGCAUGAGGCCCCGUGUUCUUCGGUCCGUUCAGAGGAGGCAGCAGCGACUGAUAGUGCGACAGGAUCGAUCAUCAUGUGCACAUCAGGGUUUCCUGAUCAGGAAACUGUACAGCUGCGACGUGACCCCAGAGGUACUUCAAAGAACAGAAUACGUGCGCUUGACGAAUUUGACAACGCACGAGAAGACAAUGACGAUCCACCAAGAGACAGUGGCAGCCAAUCUGUUCAGAGUCAAAGUCCAACUCAAACACAUUCACGCUUGACCAUUGGAGGAACGGAUUGUGCUACGAGAACCUGGACCUUUGAUCCUAACUUGGUUGUUUUGGCCAGGUCGACUGUUGGCAAUCAACAGGCAGUGGUUCGCGAUGGGAGUGCGAGCACCGAGCGCAUCACAUUUUUAAGUGGAGACAAGGGGCAACUCCGACGUGAUGAGGACAGAGGUAGGGGGCAGGCAGUAGAGCUGGGCAGGAGCAUGCCGGUUGCACCAGGCGGAGAUGGGCAGGACUGUGCAACGAGAACCUGGAAUGUGAAUUAUAACUUUGUCCUCUCGGGCAGGUCAAAGGUUGGCAAUGGACGGGAAGCGGUUCUGGAUGCCAGUGCGAGCAGAGAGCGCAUCACUUUUGUAAGUGGAGACGAGGGGCAACACAGAUGUGAUGAGGACAGAGGGAGGGGUCAGGCAGUGGAGAUUAUGGGCAGGAGCAUGACGGUCCCGUCAGGGCGACAGGGCUUGGAGCUUCCAUUGCCAAUGGGAAGUCCGGCACGUGUGAAGGACGCAUCUGUGUUGGGUAUCGAGCUUGCCAUGUCACCUAGGUUUAGGUACAAGAAGGAGAGGAAACAGGAAUGGCAGGAAGCUCUAGCUGCUUGUGCUCCCCCUGUGAGUGGAGACUGUAGCAGACCUGAUGUGGUGGAAGCGUCGAGCAAUUAUGACUGGGGACGGUGGGGGAAAUGGCUGCAAAUGACUGAGGAGGAGUUCUUUAGAGUCGGCUCAGAUGAGAACCAGCCGAACAUUACGAGGACGGAUGGCGAAGGUGGUAAUGCGCAUGACACCACCGGGCAAGAGGAACUCCAUUUGUCAGAUUUGUGCGUGUCUUCUGAUUGGUCGGUUUCGCUUUUUGACGAUGCUGAGGGGGGAGGAGGUGGAGUCACCUCUGCAGCGACUUAUGUGACCGCAGAUGUCAUCGAGGAAGCCAACACGGGAGAGGCCGCUCUACUUUCGCAGACUGAACAGGGCAUUGAUGCCAUGGCAUGCAGAAGUCGUGAAGAGACGACACCUUCUUGCGAACGCUCUGAAGAGCAUGCUCCCAUGCCUUCAUGUGGACCUUCUGAUAACUGUGUUCCCAUCCCCCCGUGCACCUGCACAUCAUCCCAUCCAGGUGUGAAUUUGAGAGUGAGCCUUCAUGGGCAAGAGAUGGUGUCCUAUGCCAAUACAUCGACUGAGCAGCGCACAGAUUCCGAGCCUGCACCUUUGGGCAUGCCUUGUGACCAAGUCUCUCAGUGUGUGCUUGGCAGAGAAAUCGAAAAUGGGAUGCGUGGAGAACUAACGGGUGCUGCGGUCACUGACGUGGAACGCUGUCUGGUCUCACGCCAACCACAACCUUUGAAUCAGGGACGAGCCGCCAGUUGUGAAGCUUUGGAUGAGGGGGCUGAUAAGGGGCCUGGUGUUGCAGGGGGGGGGUAUGGGACGCUGCUGUCAGAGGUGGCGAGCGGAUUUGGACCAGGGGCGGAAUGUUACUUCUUCACUCAGAUCCAACGUUCAAGUCUGGAGAGAGAGCAAGCGGCGUCUAUGAUGGACAGCGAUGGUGGCGUUGCACAGCCAACUUAUGAUAUCCUGGCACAAAAUCAGCAGCAGAUAUCCAGGCGAAACCUAACCGAUCUUAACAUCGAGGCGAAACCAUUGAUCGAUCUCAACGUUACGACGAGGCCGGAAAUGGACUUGAACCAGAUAUCCAAAGAAGCAGCGCAAUUCGCUGAAACGGCACAGACGGAUAAGGAGAAGCAAGUUCUGGAAUCUCCUCUCCGGUCAGCUUCAGUACGCAAGGAGGCUCUUCCGCAAUUGACUUCUCCGCGGGUGUUAGUUGUGCGAUUGGAGAAGGACAAAAAGAUGCCUGUGAAUUCCAGAAGGGUGCAAACUAAUGCAGACAGCAAGACUUCCCCACCCCCACGCCAUCAAGGCGAGUCUGCGGAAAUUCCAGUGGAUGGGAAGAAGCUUGUGCACCAGCGUGUUUCCAAGGCUCGAUCUCCCAUCCACUGUUCGAGAUCAAGAAAGACGUCAGAUGUUGUCAAAGAAGGGUUCCGAUGGUGUGCUCCACAGGAAAACACCAAGGACGGUGGGACUCGACGAUACGAUCAGUCGGAUGGCUCACCCCUCUGCGUCCCAAUUGCCGCAAUCGGGACCGAUCAGUAUCAUGUUGCGACAAAAAUAGAUCGUCAAUGUGACUGGGUGGGGAGUAGGGGGCAAUGGCCUGCGAGGGUGGGAGUCGGCUCCGGGAAUUCAGUAUGGGCUCAUGCCGAUGGAGGGCGGAAGAUGACUGCUGUUGGGCAGCCACAGUUUGUGCGAAGCCUCAGCCCGAUACCUCCGGAAGCUGCAGCUUUUACUCACCACCCAGCAAUGGCGGUGCCCGCGCCACCAUCCAGUAGCCUUGCCUGGCUGCCUUAUGUCAGUUGGAUGAAUGGGCUGGAACAGUCAGACGUAUGUGUGCGUAGGAGAGAGGCUCCACAGCAGAUCUUACCUCGCAGAGAGAUGAGCGCAAGCAGAUUGUACUGUCAAGGCCUUUCCCUACCACCUGGCAAACCCCAGGCCCAGGUCAUGGGUGACUUCCAUUCGUCACGUCAGGAUCGAGCAUUCCCAGGGCAUGGCCAUAUAGGAAAGAAUGGCAGCGUUUGCGGUGUAGGGCAAGGGAAGGACUGUAGCCCUGGCAGGAGGAGCCCGUGUUUGCUAACGAGUCAAAUGGGUUCGAAUGCAAGGAGCACAAACUGGAAUAGCGAGCGGAUGAGAUCGGAUCAUCGUGAGGAGCGAGGGGGUGUACAGCAACAGAGGUACAUGGAUGGACACGCAUUGCACGCCAGUGGCGAAGUAACGGCAGACUCCGUAGGCAAACCGUGGAGUGAGAGAGGGUGGGAAGAUGUCCACAAUGGACGUGGAGGAAGGCCGUGGCGGGAGCGCUCGGCGAGUCCUAUGCUCUCUGGUAGUCCUUUGGACAGUUCUGGACAUGCACCGAGAGAGUUCUUGGGGGCAGGUGAAAGGGGACUUUGUCGAACGCGACAAACAGAGAGGAGAAGCAGCGGGGCAAACCGACCGAAACAGAGGCGCGGAAGCACACAAAGGGCAGUCAAUUAGUAGGAAAUAGGAUGUCAGCAUGCGGCAGACGACAGUAGUAAACUGGACAGAGCACU